GCCAGAUACGAUCUGGUGAUAUUACAAACCACAUCUAGCGUGCAAAACAGGCGCGUUCAUUGGCCCAUGCUAGACCAAAAUAGAUGUAGCUGAACUGCCCGGGCUUGCACGGGGUGGUAACUCAUUCUACAUCGUUGUAACUUCACCUCUUCUUCCUCCACGCACUCGUUCGCUUUUUUAUUCAGCUCUUCAGCUAUUUUCGCUCAUUAUAUAACCAUUUCGUCCUUCCUUUCUGUUUCGAAGUCAUUCGUUCAGACGUUCAUUCAUUUGCUUGUGCCUUCAGAAUCACCCGUUGUUCUUUUGGUCGCAUUUUCCUCAAGUAACCAUGUACAAGUUCAUCGUUCUCGCCGUCUCCGCUGCUCUGGCCAGCGCCUACACUACCCCAACUUCGCAAUGCACAGACGGCUGCAACCCGAUUGCUAAGCCGGGCCUGAACGAAGUGGUUCCCGUUGGCAUUCCAUACACCGUAACAUGGCAGCCAACCACAGAAGGCACCGUUACCCUCGUUCUCAUGAAGGGCCCAUCUACAAACAUCCAGCCUCUCUAUGCCGUCGCUGAGAAGAUCGCCAACACAGGCACGUACACUUGGACUCCAGCAAGUGACCUUCAGCCUACUGGCGACAGCGGCUACGGCUUCCAGUUGAUUGAUGAUGCUGACGGCACUUACCAAUGGUCUACUCAAUUCGGUAUCUCCAACCCUGACUACUCUGGCUCUUCAGGCAGCGCUUCCGCAUCUGCCUCCGCUUCCGCGUCAGCAUCCGCUUCUGCUUCUGCCUAUGUCUCCGUCAACACUACCGUCAUCUCAACCACUGCAAGUUCCGUCUCGAAGCCGACUGGUGUGUCCAAUACUACUUUCGUCUCCAUCACCUCGGUUGGCUCGGGAUCUAGCCAAGCCACUACCCUCACCACUGGCGUCGUCCCAACCGGCAGCUCCACCGCUUCUGCCUCACAAAGCCCUCAGGCGGCCAGUGGUGCUAUCGCUCUCAGUGCUGCAAGCAUCGGUGGCGCUUUUGCUGCUAUCAUGGCCGCUGUCAUCGCCCUAUAAAGCAUUAGUUUUCCUUUCCGCACUGGCGAGCGUGUGUUAGAAUGAACGGGACUCUGUAUGUUAGUUUCGAGGGGGGGAGAUAAAAUUCCAAGAAAAAAUACCCUUUUGCACGCAUACAUAAAAUCUCCGAAGGAUGGUAGUACGGGCGCAAGUAUCCUUGGUUGUGUUUCAUUUGUUUAUUCCAGAGUCUUUUUCUUUUUCUGGGAACAAGUCCGUGCCGCGUUUUCUGAAACUCGAACCGAAUUUCGUUGUCCAACAUCAUCCUUGAAGCUUUGCCUAUGCACUUGUUGUACGCAUUUCUCCCAGGUUUGCGUGGCGACGUGAAUGAUCGUGCGAGCGUGAACAAUCUUUUGGUCAAGAUCGUCCUCGAUAUAUGAACAGCCAACUGCUGGUCGAGUUCAUAAUUUCGCCGGCGCGAUGAUUAUUCCACAUUAAUAAGAAAGGCAUUAUGUGUAGGAAAAAAAAAGCACCAUCGAAGGAACAAGAUUUUUGGCCUCGCGGCAACCGUGGCUCAUGAAUAACUAAGUAGCUCCAUAUAUCUAACGAAAAGGAAUUAAAGUCGCGACAUCCUCCAACCGCAAGCUGUGUGGAGGCUCGAAGGGAGUUCGCGCUUUUUCAC